AUGGGUUUACCUAAAACCGAAUUGAAACCGGUGGGAAACAGAAAAAACCAAACAACAAUUUUGAAGCAUCACAAAGAUCCUUCCUCGAAAUCGCUGCCGACAAAAUCUGCAAAUCUCAUUGGUGACGAGCAAGAAUCCCUAAUUCAGGGGAGGAAGCGGAGAAGCAAUAGGUUGAGGGGGAGUGAGAGCGUACGAAUCGGGAUGUCGAACGGUACGGAACAGACGCGGAAGCGUGCGGCGCCGGGAGACAGCAAUUGGUUGCCACCUGGCUGGAGAGUUGAAGAUAAAGUUCGAACCUCCGGUGCUACUGCUGGUUCCGUCGAUAAGUACUAUUACGAGCCAAUCACAGGACGUAAGUUUCGAUCCAGGACCGAAGUACUCUACUACUUGGAACAUGGCACUUCUAAGAAAGGAAGCAAGAAACCAGACAACACUGAUUCCAAUUCAGACCAUGUCGAAGGGCAAGGAAGCAAUAAAUCCAGCAGGAAAGCUAAAGAGCCAACACCGCCGCCACGGCCACGAUCCCCGCCUUUGAAGUUUGAUUUUGAGAAUCCGCCAGAGAAGGUAAGCUGGUCUUCGGCAAACGCGGGAGAGGAACAAGGUUGGACACCUUUUGUUGGGGACGACAAGGUUCAAGAUUCAUUGAGACGAGAAUGGUGCACUGCGUUUACCGUCAUCACGACCAAGAACCCUACUAAACUGUCGUCGUUGAGACGAUGAUAGACAAGGUGGCGAUUGUUGCGUCUGUUGUAACAUAGACGGGGAUAUUAGUUAUUUAACUGGGCGGUGUUUGCUUAGUUUUCACAUAAGUUAAGUUAGUUUGCACUCUAAUUUUCCUAGCUUGUUUUUUUGAGGAAUGUGAUAAUGGGAUACACAUAACCUGCGUUUGCGUUUGACACACUA